CAUGGAUCGUGUAAGCGUUACACUGAUGAGCUCCAGCAGCACAGCUUAUCUGAUGGUGAGCUGCUUUCUGCUGACACUGCUGAUGCUGCUUCCCGAGCUGAAGCAGAAAGUGUUCGUACGCAGUGAGUUGUUGCUGGCGCUCCGACAGCUGAUCAGCAGUGUCGCGGUAACGUUCAAAGCGGACGAAAUUACGGAAGGCGAGCAGGACAAGCAGGCGCCCGGUCCCAAAAACUAUCCAAUCAUUGGUGCGCUCAAGGAGCUGAACGGGUACGACGUACCGUAUCAGGCGUUCAGCGAUUUCGGUGUACGUUACGGACCCGUCACAGCACUACGCCUUGGCUCGGUGAACGCUGUCGUCGUGAAUGGGAUCGAUAGCAUCAAGGAGGUGCUGAUCAACAAGGGUCAGCACUUUGACAGUCGGCCUAACUUCCGCCGCUAUCAGCUGCUGUUUUCCGGCAACAAGGAAAACUCACUUGCCUUCUGUGAUUGGUCGGAGGUACAGAAAACGCGUCGCGAUAUGCUCGUACCGCAUACCUUCCCACGUAACUACAGUGGCCGCUUCGAUGAGCUAAACACGAUCGUGGUGGAUGAAAUCAGUCACAUGCUUGGCACGGUCAAGGAAGCGACCACCGUCGAAAUUAAACCGCUAGUGCUCGCGAUUUGCGCUAAUGCCUUCUCGCAGUACUUUGGCAGCCAUCGCUUUGAGGUGGAGGAUAAGCGCUUCCAGCAGCUGGUGCGUAACUUCGAUCAGAUCUUCUAUGAAGUCAACCAGGGUUAUGCGGCCGACUUUCUACCCUUCCUGUUGCCGCUGCACCGUCAGAACCUGCGCCGCAUGGACCGUCUGGCGGAAGAGAUUCGCACGAUCAUCCUGGACACGAUCAUUGCCGAUCGGUACGAGCAGUGGGGUGAAGGCAGCGAGCCCCGCGAUUACGUUGACAGUCUGAUUGAACACGUCAAGGCAGGUCGCGGCCCUGCCCUCGAGUGGGAGACGGCACUGUUCGCGCUGGAAGACAUUGUCGGUGGACAUUCGGCCGUCGGUAACUUCCUGGUGAAGGCGUUCGGGUACAUUGUGCAGCACCCGGAGGUGCAACAGCGUAUCCAGGCCGAAGCGGACGACGUGCUGGAGCGCCACGGACGGCAGGUGAUCGAGCUAAACGAUCGUGCCGAGAUGCCGUACACGGAAGCUGUCAUCAUGGAGGCGCUACGCCUGAUUGCGUCCCCGAUCGUGCCACACGUCGCCAACCAGGACAGCCAGAUUGGAGGUUACACCGUGGCGAAGGAUACGCUCAUCUUCCUGAACAACUACGACCUCAGCAUGUCACCGAAGCUUUGGGACGCACCGGAAAGCUUCCGACCGGAGCGCUUCUUGCAGCAGGGCCGGGUGGUAAAGCCCGACUACUUCAUACCGUUCGGUGCCGGGCGACGAUCGUGCAUGGGCUACCGGAUGACGCAACUGCUCAGCUUCUCCAUCAUUGCGAACAUGCUGCGAGCGUACACGAUCGCACCGAUCGAGGGCCAUGACUAUCGUGUUCCAGUUGGAUCGUUGGCAAUGCCAGAGCAGUCCUACAACUUCAGUGUGUCGGCACGCAGCUGCUGA